UUUUACGUUAUGUCAAUUAUUGAUAUAAUUUUCAGAUUUGAAAUUUCUUGAAUAUUAAUAAAUUCUAAGUUUGCUUAAUGAAGUAAACAUCAUGACUUCUCUAUUAAUUAAUGCCUUUAAGAGGCUCAAUUUGUCCAUAAGGCCGCAAGUUAAGGUUAUUUCUUCAUGUUAUUCGACUGCAGUUACGACUUCGAAUUCUUUAAAUGUAACCCAGAAAGAAUGGAAGUAUCCUCCUGUGUACACAAAACCUCGUGAGGUAUGGAUCGAAAACUUAGAUACUGUAGAAGAAAAGAAAUUAGGCUUAUUCGAGUUGCAUCCUUCAGUGUAUGCGGCAAUCCCUCGAAUAGAUAUUAUUCACCGUAACUUUGUAUGGCAAACGAAGUAUAGAUGGGUGUCGUGGGCGCAUACGAAAACCAGAGCUGAAGUGCGAGGUGGUGGAAGGAAGCCUUGGCCACAGAAAGGGUUAGGCCGUGCUCGACACGGCUCUAUACGUUCACCGCUGUGGCGCGGCGGCGGAGUAGUCCACGGACCACGAUCUGGUAAAACACACUUCUUCAUGCUGCCAUUUCACUUGAGAAUCCAAGGUCUGACAUCAAUGUUGUCAGCCAAACUUGCACAAGAUGAUCUGCAUGUUGUUAAUAAUUUAGAACUACCAACUGAUGAACCAAAUUAUCUGGCAGAUUUGAUUGAAAAUAGAAAUUGGGGACCUUCUGUACUAAUAAUUGAUGAUACUGACAUAGCUCCAAGAAACAUAACAGUGGCAACUGAUUCUCUUCCGCAUGUCAACAUAAUGCCUGUUUAUGGACUGAAUGUGUACUCAAUGUUAAAACAUGAUACAUUAGUACUGACUCUAGCUGCCGCGGAGAGGAUAGAAGAGAGAAUCUUGCAUCAUCUUAACUCUAUAACAAUGGAACAACAGAGAGAAUUCAAAUUAAGUCAAGUUUAAAUUCUUUAAAAUGUAAAUGUGCAUAGGUAAUAUCAAUAUUAAGUUUUAAUUAAAACAG